AACAAAGAGAUUUUCCGUAGUUUUCUGUUAUUCGUAGUUUCCUUCGGAGACUUAACUCCUUCAUACCAAAAUGGAAAACUUUGACAAAGUAGAUGAUACUUUUCGGUAUGUUUACAGUUCGUCACUAGAGAAAAGAAUUCAGAUUAAAGUAGGAACUUUGGAGGGAGUACAGCAAAAACCAUCAUUUGAAAAGUUGUUAGAAGAUCCCUUGCUGAGAUUUUCUGGUUUAUAUUCUGAGACAGAUGAGGGCAAGUGUGCAUCAUUUAUGAUCCGCUUACAAGUGUUCAAUAAUGGAAAAUCUCUUGGACUCCCUGUAUUGACAAGCUACAAAGCUUUCACAACACGUUGGAGUUGGAAUGAAUGGGUGACUCUUCCGGUUCAUUACAGUGACCUUCCACGCACUGCUGUUCUUGCUCUGACAAUACUCGAUUGUGCUGGUUCGGGUAAGACUUCAGUGGUGGGUGGAACUACUAUCUCGUUUUUCGGUCGAAAUGGCGUAUUUCGACAAGGUCUUUUUGAUCUACGUGUCUGGCCAAAUGUGGAAGCAGAUGGCAAUGUGCCAUCCAUGACACCGGGAAAAGGACGGGACUCGGCUAAACAUCAGAUGCAACGUUUAGCCAAACUUGCAAAAAUGCACAGAAACGGUCAGAUACCUAAAGUCGACUGGCUUGAUCGUCUGACUUUUAGAGAAAUCGAAUUAAUUAACCAAAAUGAAAAGCAACAAUCGGAUUAUCUGUAUUUGAUGAUUGAAUUUCCAGCAGUGGAAUGGAGUGACAGAGCUUAUACGAUAGUCUAUUAUGAAGCGGACGGAGAUAUGAGGAUCCCGUUUGUCACAAAACCGAAAUUGGUCACUGUUCCUGACUCUGAAAUACUGUUGGAUAAUUUAGUGGAAGUAAAACAUCAUAAAUUAGCCCGUGCAACGAGAGUUGGACUUGCGGAUAAAGAUGCAAAGCCUACUGCAGAGCAGAAAAACACUCUAGAUAACAUUAUUUUUCAUUAUCCGCCAACGACCUGCCUUAAUUCAGAUGAAAAAGAUCUUCUAUGGAAAUACCGAUUUUAUCUUAAACGAGAGAAAAAGGCGCUCAUCAAGUUUUUGCAAUCCGUUAAUUGGGAGAUUGAAAGUGGAACUUCAGCUGAAGUUAAGCAAGCUCUCGACAUUAUGUUACAAUGGACCCCAAUGGAUGUUGAAGAUGCUUUGGAACUGUUAACACCAGCAUUUAAACAUCCUACAGUACGAAGAUACGCAAUAACGCGAUUAAAUCAUACGCCAGAUGACGAUCUUUUACUGUAUUUGUUGCAACUAGUACAAGCACUGAAAUACGAAAGUUUCGACAACAUUCCAAGCAAGGAUAAGGAAAUUCUCAAUAAUGAUAAUGGGUGUGACACUAGUGCUUUGUCUGAAUCCGUUAGUGUUUCGGAUAAGAUGACAUCAUCGCAGCAUGCUUCAAAUGAAGAUCGACACACUCCUGCUUCGCUCGUAGAUGAAACACCUCCAUCGAUAUUCCCAGCAGAAACUGGAUCCAGCUCCGUCGUUUCAGAUAUAUCUAUUACGCGUUCGUCUGACUUACAAACUGUUCCAUCAGAUUUGGCUUCAUUUCUUAUUCAACGAGCUUGUCGUAACUCAAAUUUGGCAAACUACCUUUACUGGUUUCUUUCGAUCGAAUGCGAACCUCAAGAUACGCUUCGUAAACAGGAUGAUCGUGUAAAGGCAAUGUAUGUUGCUGUAAAAGAAACCUUUUUGCGUACUUUAAAGACUGGAAGUGAGACUCACAAAAACAUUUACCUAAAUUUGAUGAAGCAACAAUGUCUUAUCGACGAAUUGGUCAAGCUGGUUAAAAUGGUGCACAAAGAAUCGGGGAAUCGCCAAAGGAAAAUAGAGAGACUUCAACAUUUACUUUCGGACUCGGAUACCUUUAAAAUUAAUUUUGUGAACUUUGAGCCACGACCACUUCCACUAAAUGGCACGGAAAUUUGGGUGAAAGGCAUCUUGCCGCAGAAGGCUACUUUGUUCAAAAGUGCAUUAAUGCCGUCUAAGAUGACUUUUGUAACGGUUGACAAUCGGGAAUAUGUGGCUAUAUUUAAACAUGGUGAUGACCUACGCCAAGAUCAACUAAUAUUACAAAUGAUUACCUUGAUGGAUAAAUUAUUGCAAAAAGAGAAAGUAGAUUUGAAACUUACGCCGUACCGUGUCCUUGCGACAAGUUCCAAACACGGGCUGGUGCAGUACAUUGAAUCAGUGACAGUAGCUGAGGUCCUGAAGACCGACGGUACGAUACACAGCUUUUUCAGAAAACAUCAUCCAGCGGAAGAUGGGCCUUAUGGAAUUUCGCGUGAGGUAAUGGACACCUAUAUCCGUAGCUGUGCUGGAUAUUGUGUCAUUACCUAUAUCCUCGGCGUAGGUGAUCGGCAUUUAGAUAAUCUGCUCUUAACGACGUCCGGAAAACUCUUUCACAUUGAUUUCGGCUAUAUAUUAGGACGAGACCCUAAGCCGUUGCCUCCACCUAUGAAAUUAAGUAAAGAAAUGGUCGAAGGCAUGGGAGGUGUUCAGUCAGAGUUCUAUAACGAAUUUAAGAAGCAGUGUUACACUGCUUUUCUGCACCUGAGGCGUCACGCAAACGUUAUGUUGAAUCUCUUUUCACUUAUGGUCGAUGCAUCUGUGCCCGAUAUUGCUCUUGAACCUGAUAAGGCGGUGAAGAAAGUCGAGGAUAAUCUGCAAUUGAGCCUAAGCGACGAAGAAGCAGUGCAACAUCUGCAAUCUUUAUUGGAUAUUUCCGUGUCAGCUGUGAUGCCUGCCGUCAUGGAUUUUUUCCACAGAACUGCACAAAUUAUGAGAAAUUAAAAAAGGAUUUAUGUAAAUAUUUAAUAAAAAAAAACCUCUCUACUCAAUUUUCUUUUUUAUUUAUUUUUAUUUGAUC